CGGCAGCCGAGCCGUGGGCGCCGGGAGCGCGGAACAGCUUGUCCACCCCGCGGCCGGACCAGAAGGCUUUGGGUCUGAAGUAUCUGUGAGACCUCAUAGAAGAGCACCCCUGGGCUCCACUUACAUGCCCUGUGCUCCUUCAGGGAUGGAGGCAAUGGCAGCCAGCACUUCCCUGCCUGACCCUGGAGACUUCGACCGGAAUGUGCCCCGGAUCUGUGGGGUGUGUGGAGAUCGAGCCACGGGCUUUCACUUCAAUGCUAUGACCUGUGAAGGCUGCAAAGGCUUCUUCAGGCGAAGCAUGAAGCGGAAGGCACUAUUCACCUGCCCUUUCAACGGGGACUGCCGCAUCACCAAGGACAACCGGCGCCACUGCCAGGCCUGCCGGCUCAAACGCUGUGUGGACGUCGGCAUGAUGAAGGAGUUCAUCCUGACAGAUGAGGAGGUGCAGAGGAAGCGGGAGAUGAUCCUGAAGCGGAAGGAGGAGGAGGCCUUGAAGGACAGUCUGCGGCCCAAGCUGUCCGAGGAGCAGCAGCGCAUCAUUGCCAUCCUGCUGGACGCCCACCAUAAGACCUACGACCCCACCUACUCCGACUUCUGCCAGUUCCGGCCUCCAGUUCGUGUGAAUGAUGGUGGAGGGAGCCAUCCUUCCAGGCCCAACUCGAGACACACUCCCAGCUUCUCUGGGGACUCCUCCUCCUGCUGCUCAGAUCACUAUCUCACCUCUCCAGACAUGAUGGACUCGUCCAGCUUCUCCAACCUGGAUCUGAGUGAAGAAGAUUCAGAUGACCCUUCUCUGACUCUAGAACUGUCCCAGCUUUCCAUGCUGCCCCACCUGGCUGACCUGGUCAGUUACAGCAUCCAGAAGGUCAUUGGCUUUGCUAAGAUGAUCCCAGGAUUCAGAGACCUCACCUCUGAGGACCAGAUAGUGCUGCUGAAGUCAAGUGCCAUUGAGGUCAUCAUGUUACGCUCCAAUGAAUCCUUCACCAUGGACGACAUGUCCUGGACCUGUGGCAACCAGGACUACAAGUACCGCAUCAGUGACGUGACCAAAGCCGGACACAACCUGGAGCUGAUUGAGCCCCUCAUCAAGUUCCAGGUGGGACUGAAGAAGCUGAAUUUGCAUGAGGAGGAGCAUGUUCUGCUCAUGGCCAUCUGCAUCGUCUCCCCAGAUCGUCCCGGGGUGCAGGAUGCCGCGCUGAUCGAGGCCAUCCAGGACCGCCUGUCCAACACGUUGCAGACCUACAUCCGCUGCCGCCACCCACCCCCGGGCAGCCACCUGCUCUAUGCCAAGAUGAUCCAGAAGCUGGCCGACUUGCGCAGCCUCAAUGAGGAGCACUCCAAGCAGUACCGCUGCCUCUCCUUCCAGCCUGAGAGCAGCAUGAAGCUCACGCCCCUCGUGCUCGAAGUGUUUGGCAAUGAGAUCUCCUGACUAGGACAGCCCGAGGCAGUGCCUGGGUGGGGCCGCUUCUCCAGGGCCACGUGCCGGGCCCGGGGCUGGCAGCUACUCAGCAGCCCUCCUCACCCUGUCUGGGGUUCAGCCUCUCCUCUGCCACCUCCCCUGUCCACCCAGCCCAUUCUCUCUCCUGUUCAACCUAACCCCUCUCCUGCAGACCUUUCCCUGGUCCCUUGAGACCUCAGCCAUGAGGAGUUGCUGUUUGUUUGACAAAGAAACUCAAGUGGCGGCAGAGGGAAGAAGCUGGAGGCAGGGCCUUGCCCAGAGACGCCCCCACUACUGCAUAAGUGGCUGCUGACUGGUGUUGAGGGAAUAGGCAGGGGAAAUGCAUCAAUUCCUCAGGGACAGAGACAACUGCACCUCCCCCUGCUGCAGGCCCCCCAUUCCAGAGCCUAGUGGGGUCUCCCUCUCCUGCUUACUCAUGAUAAUCAGCCCACAGCUCCCACCCCACCCGCUUUAGUGCCCACCGACAUCCCAUUGCCCUGGUUAUAUUCUCACGGGCAGUAGUAGCUGUGGUGAGGUGGGUUUUCUUCCCAUCACUGGAGCACCAGGCACGAACCCACCUGCUGAGAGACCCAAGGAGGAAAACAGACAAAAACAGCCUCACAGAAGAAUAGCGGAUGGUGGUCAUAGCUAUCCCUGUCACCAAGCCCCCAGUUUCUCACCCUGGAUCUAAGGGGUUGGUUGAGGUGGAAGCCCUCCUUUCACAGAUCCAGGUAGCAGGACUGAAUUGUCCCCAGUUUGCAGAAUAGCACCUGCCGUCCUCGUCCUCCCCCUGCCAGUGCCUUACCUCCUGCCCAGGAAAGCCAGCCCUCCCUGUCCUCCUCGGGUCACCGAGGGUAACCCAGAGCCUGCUCCCUCCACCCCCUCCCCACUUCCAGUCUGAAGAAGCAGUGAGCCCCAUCUUCUCCACCUGGCAGGGUAGGAUGGAGGAGAAGAACUUUCAGACCCCAGCGG